ACUCUUACUGAAAUUGUGAAAAAAGGAACUGGAAAGCCCUAAAGAUAGUUCUUUAAGUAUUGCUGUUAUCCUGGGAGCAAAGGGACACCACAUGAAUACCAGCUUCACUAUGUCAGAGAGCCAAGGACAGAAAGAUGAAUGGUGAGCUAAGGCUCUAACUAAUUCAUCUCUCGACACUUACAUCCGCUACUAGUUCUGGCUUAGCCAUGGAUAUUCUCUGUGAAGAAAAUACUUCUCUGAGCUCAACUCUGAACUCCUUCAAACAAUUACAUGAUGAUCCAAGGCUCUACAAUCAUGGUUUUAAUUCUGGAGAAGCCAACACUUCAGAUACAUUUAACUGGACAACAGAGUGUGAAAAUCGAACCAACCUUUCUUGCGAAGGGUACCUCCCACCGUCGUGUUUCUCCAUCUUUCACCUCCAAGAAAAAAAUUGGUCUGCUUUACUGACAACAGUGGUGAUUAUUCUGACCAUUGCUGGAAACAUACUCGUCAUCAUGGCAGUGUCCCUAGAGAAAAAGCUGCAGAAUGCCACCAACUAUUUCCUGAUGUCACUUGCCAUUGCUGAUAUGCUGCUGGGUUUCCUUGUCAUGCCUGUGUCCAUGCUAACCAUCCUGUAUGGGUACAGGUGGCCUCUGCCCAGCAAACUCUGCGCCGUGUGGAUUUACCUGGAUGUGCUCUUCUCCACUGCCUCCAUUAUGCACCUCUGCGCCAUCUCCUUAGACCGCUACGUGGCCAUCCAGAAUCCCAUCCACCACAGCCGCUUCAACUCCAGAACGAAGGCAUUCCUGAAAAUCAUCGCAGUGUGGACCAUAUCUGUAGGUAUAUCCAUGCCCAUUCCAGUCUUUGGUCUGCAAGAUGACUCCAAGGUUUUUAAGGAAGGGAGCUGCCUACUUGCAGAUGAUAACUUUGUCCUGAUUGGCUCUUUUGUGGCAUUUUUCAUCCCCUUAACUAUCAUGGUGAUCACCUACUUUCUAACUAUCAAGUCACUCCAGAAAGAAGCUACUCUGUGCGUGAGUGAUCUUGGCACACGGGCCAAAUUAACUUCUUUCAGCUUCCUCCCCCAGAGUUCUCUGUCUUCAGAAAAGCUCUUUCAGAGGUCAGUCCACAGGGAUCCAGGGUCCUAUGCAGGCAGGAGGACUAUGCAGUCCAUCAGCAAUGAGCAGAAAGCUUGCAAGGUGCUGGGCAUUGUCUUCUUUCUAUUUGUGGUUAUGUGGUGCCCGUUCUUCAUCACGAACAUCAUGGCAGUCAUUUGCAAAGAGUCUUGCAAUGAGGAUGUCAUUGGAGCCUUGCUCAAUGUGUUUGUUUGGAUUGGAUACCUCUCCUCAGCGGUCAACCCACUCGUCUACACAUUGUUCAAUAAGACAUACAGGUCGGCCUUUUCACGGUACAUUCAAUGUCAGUACAAAGAAAAUAAAAAACCACUGCAAUUAAUCUUAGUGAACACUCUACCUACAUUGGCCUACAAGUCCAGUCAACUCCAAGGGGGACAAAAAAAGAAUUCCAAGGUAGAUGUCAAGACAACAGAUAAUGACUGCUGUAUGACUGCUCUGGGAAAACCACAUUCAGAAGAUCCUUGUACAGACAAUAUCGACACAGUGAAUGAAAAGGUUAGCUGUGUGUGAAAGCUCAGUUGCCAUGGAAACUGAAGUGGGCACUCUGAACAAGUUUUCACCCAU